GCGCGGUGCAUUGUGGUUACACCGGCCGAUCGCUGUCGCUGGUUGUUGUCUAGUGAUUGUGAUGGUGGAUAAGAGAGUCUACGCUGCUCGGAGCUGCCGUGUUUCGACUUACAGUUACUCAUAACGUCGUUGCAGCGUUAAACUACCGAUGAGCCUGGUUUCCCCGCUGCCCUGAUGCCAUGGCCUCCAGCCGCAGCUCCUCUUCAGUGCCUCGCCCCGGGGCCGGCGGCGGCGGCGGCGGCGGGAGCGGCAGCCAUGCGCUCUUCAGGAAGGACCGGGACAGAGACUCCGCCCCCCGACACUAUAAGCCCACCCGCUCGCUGCCCGACGUCUGCCCCAUGGAGCCCACAGGUGAUGCUGGGAGGCUGUGCGACGGCCCGUCGGUGGUCGCCGACCAGCACAGGUGGACCGUGUACAACUCCAAGGUCAACCUGCCCGCCGCACUGAACGACCCCCGGCUGACCAAGAGGGAGUCGGACUUCUUCACCAAAACCUGGGGCCUGGACUUCGCCGAGACCGAGGUCAUGCCCGCCCACUACCUCCCCAACAUCACCAAGGAGCACUUCUCCAGCUACCUGCAGGAGACCUCCCAGAGAGAGAAAAUCCAUGAAAGAUGCAAGAACAUCUGUCCUGUGAAGGAUGAACUCGAUUCAGCCUCCAACAUCACAAACAACCACGAUAAAUCACGGACAGAACUGGAGCAGGUGCCUAAGAUCUUCAUGAAGCCGGACUUCGCGCUGGACGACCCGGCGACCUUCAACGCCGUGCUGCCGUGGUCGCACUUCAGCAUCGCCGGGGGCAAGGGCUCCCGGGACGUGGCGUCGUCACGGCUACUGCAGGAGAAGCUGAGCCACUACCUGGACGUGGUGGAGGUGAGCAUCGCGCGGCAGAUCUCGCUGCGCUCCGAGGCCUUCUUCCACGCCAUGUCGUCGCAGCACGACCUGCAGGACCGGCUGCGGGAGACGGCGCGGGCGGUGGCGGCGCUGCGGGAGCGCAUGGCGGCGGUGGAGCGCGCCCUGUGCGAGGGCCCGCUGCGGGUGCUGCGCCAGGCCGUCGCCCGCGGCAACUGCGUGCGGCUGCAGAACAAGCUGAAGCUGAUGGCGGCCGUGCACCAGACGCAGCCCACCGUGCAGCUGCUGCUCUCCACCUCCGAGUUCGUGGGCGCCCUGGAGCUCAUCGCCACCACGCAGGAGGUGCUGCAGCAGGAGCUGCAGGGGGUGCUCAGCUUCAGGCACCUGGGCUCCCAGCUCUGUGAGAUGGAGAAGCUCAUCGACAAGAUGAUGAUCGCCGACUUCAGCACCUACGCCCGGAGCGACCUCAACCGGCCCCUGGAGGAGGACGUCCAGGUCCUGGAGAAGGACCGGCUGGAGUCCCUGGUGUUCGGCCUGCUGCGGCAGAGGAAGCUGGACUUCCUGGAGAUCUACAGCGAGGAGAUGAUCAUGGCCGCCAAGGGCAUCGUCAAACAGUGUGUCUUGAACACGGUGUCGCAGAUGGAGGAGAUCGACACGGAAACGGUAGUGAAGCUGGCAGACCAGAUGAGGCUCAUGACCUUUGUGCAGUGGUUCGAGCUUCUGAGGAACGUGUUCGAGAACUUCAACCUCUUCCUGAAGCGAAUCAAGGCCACGCUGAACGUGAUCCGGAACGUGGUGCUGGAGGUGCUGGACAGCAGCCAGCGGGGCAAGCUGGCGGAGCCGGCGGUGGCAGAGUGCCGUCCGGGCCCCCCGGGGCCCCCCCAGCCCCGGGACUCUGACGUGGCCUACCUCACCCACGAGGGCAUGUUCAUCAGCGACGCCUUCGGCGAGCCCGAGGCUCCGCCCCCCGGCCCGGACGCCCGCCCCGCCCCCAGCGCCCCCCGCGCCCCGCCGCAGCCACGCGGCGAGCCCUCCUGCGGCAGCGACUCCGCCUCCGGCACCACCGAGUCCUCCUCCAGCCGCGAGCACGCGCCAGCAGGGGGCGCCGGAAUCACGGUGAGCGAGGACAUGAUGCCCUCGGACCUGGAGCUGGGCCGGGUGGCGGGGAACGUCCAGGAGCUGCUCUACACCGCCUCGGACGUCAGCCACGACCGCUGCGUCAAGUUCCUCAUGGCGCGGGCCAAGGACGGGGCCCUGGAGCGGCUCAGCUCCUCGGAGUUCGUGUGCCUGUCCCAGGCCGUGGAGCAGUUUGUGCGGGACACCGAGGAGCUGUGCCACCGCCGCAGCGUCUCCCUGCAGGGGGCGCUGCAGAGCCAGGCCAACCGCUUCGUCCACCGCUUCCACGAGGAGCGCAAGACCAAGCUCAGUCUGCUGCUGGAUAAUGAGCGCUGGAAGCAGGCUGAGGUUCCUGCAGAGUUCCAGGACCUGGUCAACUCCAUCGCCGACGGCAGGAUCAGCCUACCAGACAGGAAGCACACGGGUACAGAAGACAGGAAGCCGAGUGACUACUUGACUGUGGAUGGGCAGAAGUAUGCUGUCGUUGGCACGGUGCUGCUGCUGAUCCGGAUCUUCCUGGAGUACUGCCAGUGCGUCAACGACAUCCCUUCCAUCGCCACGGACAUGCUGACGCGCCUCUCCGACCUGCUCAAGCAUUUUAACUCGCGGAGCUGCCAGCUGGUUCUGGGGGCGGGGGCUCUGCAGGUGGUUGGCCUCAAGACCAUCACUACGAAGAACCUGGCAUUGGCGUCUCGCUGUCUCCAGCUGGUGGUUCACUACAUUCCGGUCAUCAGAGCUCACUUUGAGACCAAGCUGCUGCCAAAGCAGUACAGCAUCCUCAGGCACUUUGACCACAUCACCAAGGACUACAACGACCACAUAGCCGAGAUCUCCGCUAAGCUGGUGGCCAUCAUGGACAGUCUGUUUGAGAAAGUGUUGUCUAAGUACGAAGUGAAGGCCCCGAUGCCGUCGUCCUGUUUCCGUAACGUGUGCAAACAGAUGGCCAAAAUGCACGAAGCCAUCUACGACCUGCUGCCCGAAGAACAGACACGGAUGUUGUUCUUAAGAAUCAACGGCAGCUUUAAGCUCCACCUCAAGAGGCAGCUGUCGCGACUCAACGUGGUCAACGACGGAGGCCCUCAACACGGGCUGGUCAUGGUGGAUGUGGCGUUUUUCACGGGGCACAUCCAGACCCUCCGGUCCCUGGAGGCCCUGGACCUCAACAUGGCGGAGAUCUGGGAGCAGAAGAGGUGAUGAAGCGGCCUUUUCCUGCCAGAGGAACCCAAACGGACUGAACCGGACCUCGCCCCCCCAUCGCCCCGCCCCGUCACCCUCCUGCACUCUUUAACCCGGUAACUGUUGCCGGGGCCCCCGUGCGAGGAGAGGAGGGAGGGGAGAGGCACCCAAGCGUUCCCCAAAAGCCCAGGGAGAGGGAGAGAGUUGUUCAUGUGUGGAGCUAAUCAUGAAUACGCACAUACACGCACACAGACAUUCACACACACACACACACA